AUGGCGGACGUUUUAACCAAUCGUAGUGUACUUUUAACCACCGUAGAGGUCUUCUCCAUCAUAAUUUUCAACGUUCUGUCGUUAACGGGUAACAUAAUGGUGUGCAUUGCAGUUUGCAAGAACACACGACUACGCACAACCACCAACCUGUAUAUUAUCGCACUUGCUUUAAGUGAUUUAAUGUCCGGUGUAUUUCUCAUGCCUUUUACACUGGGUGUGCUUAUAACAGGCGAAUGGGUUUAUGGCCGAGUGAUCUGCAACUUUCAAGCGUACAUGGUUAUGUUUGUGGUGUACGUUUCACCCGUCACUAUGGGUUUAACAGCAUUUAACAGGUACAUGAGGAUUUGUAAGUCGGAGCAGCAAUACAAGAGAAUCUUUUCACCCUGGAAGUCACGAGCAUUAUUGGCCUGUGCAUGGAUCCUUGUUGCAUGCUACAUCCUUGUUCCAAAGUUAACAGGUCUUCAAGACUAUGUGUUUGCCCCAGCAUAUGCCCUGUGCGUUCCGGCUCAUCUCAAUCAAACUGGAAAAGUUGUCCACUACGCCAUUGUCCUCGGUUUUUUCUUUUUAACUCCUUUAUUGACUACAAUAUUCAGUUACAUAAAGGUUGCAAAGAUGAUCCGACAGCACAAUGCUGCUAUGUCAUCUACGAUUCACAGGGGCGCAACAGGCUCAAGCAUCACAGUGCAAGAACUGAAGCUGAGUAAGUCUCUCUUUGUGGUUGUGUUCGCGUUCAUGAUAUGCUGGAUCCCAUUUUGGGUGAUCGUUGUUGUAAGGCACCCCCAUGUCCUUGAGAAGCUGCCACGAAAUAUUGAACUCCUUGCUUGUUUCUUUAUUUAUCUGUCAAAUACAAUAAAUCCUUUUAUAUACGCUGGGAUGAAUCGCACUUUCAGAAGCGAAUUUCGAAAAAUGUUUUGCUGUGAACGAAGGCUCUUCAACUGCAAACACAAACAGAAUUGUGAAUCAAAUACCUGACAGGGGAGAGGUCAAAGCGGGAUCGAAAUGUACAGCAGAAAUUCUCCUCGAUACUAGUCAGCAGCUUCUACCAAGUCAGAGGUGGAUGAAACUUCGUGAACUGACGUAGUCGUCAUAGUUUGUUGUGAUUAGAUUGAAAAACAGAUAGAUGCCCAUAAGAGAAUUCUGUUACUGAAUGCUAUGCUGUGAAGGAAGACCCAUUGCUGUGGGUGUAUGUGAAAUCGAAAAUUUCUUUAAUUUAAUUACCUGUUUUGUAUCAAGUAAAGAAUUUUUUAUCUAUGUUUUCGCGGCGAAUGGAUACUCAGCUAAGCAACUACCAUAAAGUCGCGUUAAAAAAAGCGUUUGUGUGUGUUUGAACCUUCAGGUUAAUCUGUGUUAAUUCGAUCGGAACAUAAAAGAGUUGUCUCUCAGUGUGAAAAUGAAAGUCUUGUAAUAUGCCUCAGGAUCAGGGUGACACAGUUUUGCUCGAACGUUUUCAUUUCUUGCCGCUUUUCAAUGGCAAAUAAAUUAUAACAGUCUCGGGAGAAAUCAUUAAAAUUUGGGGCUUUCUGGAACUUUCAAUAUUCAUCAGCAUUUACUCUCAUUUCAGCUUCUUUUUAUCUAUUUGUAGAUAUCUUCAGCAAGUUUCAAAAAUUGUUUCACAUGUUCCUUCCGGCUUGCCUGGGAUGAUCGUCGGAAAUUUUGAAUUAAACCACUAAAGGAGACCACUUUCAACUUUGAUUACAUGAAUCUAGUAACUAAAACGAAUUGAAAAUAUAUAAUUUGCCUGCAACGCUAAAAGAGACCUUAACGGCUAAAUAUAAUGGUGUUUUGCCGAGAACACCCUAAGUGAGACCAGAAUCCGAAAUGUACACCCCUAAGCGAGACCACGAGCAUCCCCGCCCUUUUCAUAUGGGAGUCCCAUAUUUCCUUUCAAGGUUAUUUAAACUGUCACUCAAAUAACUUUUACAAUAUAGAACUCAGUAUUGUUUCUACAGGUGGUUGCGUGUCACUCAGACGCAC